UAAUGAAGCAGAAGCUGCGCUGCGCCUGUACUGCGGUCAUUACGGUACGACCGUUGGUUGCCAGACCCAGAGCACGUGACAGCAGCGCUGAAAGAGAGGUCGGCUCAUCUCCAUCACCACAGAGAGAGAGCAGAGAGCAGCGCGGAUGAAACACCGGUCACAUUCAGAACAGCAUCACGGGAAAAGGCCCCGUGUUCCCGCCGCGGCCGCCUCCACCUCCACCACCUCACCACCAGACUCAAUGGAGGACAAAACCCCGUCCAACCCGCGGGAACUCACCCAGAACCCGCUGAAGAAGAUCUGGAUGCCGUGGUGUAGAAACGGCCUUCCAGAGAGACACAUCUCUCAGAGGAAGGUAUGUAUGACCAACUGUCCCACCCUGAUCGUGACAGUGGGCCUUCCUGCCAGGGGGAAGACCUAUAUCUCCAAGAAGCUGACCCGCUAUCUCAACUGGAUUGGAGUGCCCACCAGAGAGUUCAAUGUCGGGCAGUACAGGAGAGAGUUUGUGAAGAUCUACAAGUCCUUUGAAUUCUUCCGUCCAGACAACGAGGAAGGGUUAGAGAUCAGACGACAAUGUGCCUCAGCAGCAUUGAACGAUGUGCGACAGUAUCUCACAGAAGAAGGAGGCCAAGUGGCGGUUUUUGAUGCAACAAACACCACCAGAGAAAGGAGGGAAACCAUCAUCGAGUUUGCAGAACAGAAUGGUUUUAAGGUGUUCUUCGUGGAGUCUGUGUGUGAAGACCCAGACGUCAUACAGGAGAACAUAGUGCAAGUGAAGCUGGGGAGCCCCGACUACACCAACUGUAACACAGAAGAAGCAGUUGAAGAUUUCAUGAAGAGAAUCAAGUGUUAUGAAAACUCCUACGAGACGCUGGAUGAAGUCCUGGACAGGGAUCUCUCCUUCAUUAAAAUCAUGGACGUGGGUCAGCGGUACUUGGUCAACAGGGUGCUGGACCACAUCCAGAGCCGGAUUGUCUACUACCUCAUGAACAUUCACAUCACGCCGCGCUCCAUCUACCUGUGCCGCCACGGUGAGAGCGAGCUCAAUGUCAACGGUCGAAUCGGAGGAGACUCGGGCCUCACACCGAGAGGCAAAGAGUUUGGGAAGAAGCUGAGCCAUUUCAUCCAGGCGCAGGGCAUCAGCGACCUGAAGGUGUGGACCAGUCAGAUGAAGAGGACCAUCCAGACAGCCGAGGCUCUCAGUGUGCCCUACGAACAGUGGAAGGUCCUGAACGAGAUCGAUGCAGGCGUGUGUGAGGAGAUGAUGUACGAGGAGAUCCAGGAUCACUAUCCCCUUGAGUUUGCUCUGAGAGACCAGGACAAAUACCGCUAUCGGUACCCGAAAGGAGAGUCCUACGAGGACCUGGUGCAGCGGUUGGAGCCCGUCAUCAUGGAGCUGGAGCGGCAAGAGAACGUGCUGGUCGUCUGUCACCAGGCCGUCAUGCGCUGCCUGUUGGCCUAUUUCCUGGACAAGACAGCAGAGGAGCUGCCCUACCUGAAGUGCCCGCUGCACACAGUGCUGAAGCUAACGCCAGUGGCCUACGGCUGUAAGGUGGAGUCCAUCAGCUUAAACGUGGACUCUGUCAACACACACCGAGAAAGACCAGAGAAUGUGAACGUCCAUCGUACGACUCGAGACGCCCUGCAGACCGUGCCCGCUCACCUCUGACUGCAGUCGGACCUUUCGUUCUCUCGCUCCCUUACGACGGACUCUUGAGGUCAUUUCACUUCACACAAUCUGCACAACUUGUUCACAGUGGUGACCGUCUGGGUGACGUGCCUCCUCCUCCUCCUCCUCCUUCAACACCUCUGCCACACACACCUCUCUGUAACCCUUAUGUAUGUCGUUUUUGAUUUGAAGGAGCUCAACCUGAGCAUGUUAUGUGUUUGGGCCUUUGAAGGCUACACCGUGGCACUCCGGUCCUGAUUAUUUAUCAAUCAAACACUUCUUGUCUGUUUGUUCUCUAUUAUUCAGUAUGGUUACAGUGUGUUGAUGUUAUGCAGCAGCAGAAUUAACACUGAAGUGUUAACCGUGUGGCUUCUUCACAUGAUCUUUCUGCUGCAUGUUACUGUAUCGUGCAAUCAUUGUUUUAUGUGACCGUGUCUUCAGUGAUAAUGUGCAAUUUGAAAGUUAAUACUUGAUAUAUUUGAAGGAAAACUAUUAUGAAGCUUAUUAUUUUGUCUAUAUGGUGAUUCAAUGAAUGAAAGGAUGGACUGGGUCAUUAUUAUUAUUACUAUUAUUAAUUAAUUAUGGUGAAAACAAACUUAAAUUUUACACAGAUGGGUUAAAUCAAAUCAUGGUUUUCUUCGGAUUAUUUUACAAACAGACUUUAGAUGAAAUUUUAACAUUUUUUUGUGAAGAACACAUCUGUGCACACACAAGGUAUUGGAAAAGCAAAAAAUGCAAUAUUAGCUCAAAGCUGUUUGUUUUGAUGUGUGUCAUAACUUCAAAAUGUACGUCCCAGCUAAAGAUGUGUUAUUUUUAUAAAACAAAUCUCUCAUUA